AUGGCUAUUGAUAAUGAUUUACCGCCAGUAAAACCAGCAUCAGUUGUUUUCGUAUCGUCAUCUUCUUCAUCAACAUCGUCAUCAUUAUCACCAUUCAUUCGACAAAGACGUCUCAUACAAGUGGCAACAAAUAAUAGUGCAACAUUUAUUCGAUUUCCUACCAAUGCUCGUCAAUCAUCUCCAUUUGUUCCAAUCAGCCGUCCUAGAAUAAGUCAUUCUUUAACACGUGAAUCUUCAGCUAUAGUCGAUACUCAAUCAUUAUCAAAUCAAUCAAAACUUUCAACACAUGCUGCAACAUCCAGUAUUGCAAGUGGUGAUCAUAAACGUGAUCAUUCUCAACAACGAAUAAAUCCAAUUUUAAACAAUCCGCUUUUAAAUCAUCGAAAAGAACAACCAAAAUCUUCUCCAAUAAAAUCAUCAAAACCAUUAUCGAAUAAUAAUCAAAUAUCAAUUAAUUGUGCAAGUACAGUUUCUCCUAUUGUUAAUCAACAAGAAACUAAUAUCAAUUUAUCUGAUAGAUUAAUCAUUUCAAAUGAUAGUAAAACUUCUGAACAACAAAUGAAAUAUGUCGAUGAAAAUAAAUAUGAUUAUAUCACUCGUUGGUUAAAUGAAGUUCGAGCAGCAACGUUUUCUAACGAAACUUUUCGAACAGAAUCAAGCCGUACAAAACAACGAAUUUUACCAUCAUAA